CGCAGACCACUGCCGCUGCGGGUGCAGCCGUCACUCUCCUUUAGCUGCUAGCUCCCUGUUGCCCUGCUCCACAGCAGGGUGGUACUGGCCCCCGGAAAGCGGAGCAGGUAAGGGCCCCAGGGCCCGUGCCCCUCGGCGAGGCAGCAGCAACAACAACCUGCCCAGCUGGCGGUCUACGUGGUCCAGGGCCAGGUCGUGCUCCUGGCAGGAAGACGAGAGGAGCCAAGGAGGAGACAAGGAUAGGCCCAGGAAAAAAAAUCUCAUCAUGGUAAAUAUCCACCAGGAAAACGAAGAAAUGGAGCAGCCUAUGCAGAAUAGAGAGGAAGACCACCCUUUGGGAGGAGGUGAAGGCCGCCAACCUGCAGGAAAUAACAGACGACAGGCUCGCCGACUUGCCCCUAAUUUUCGAAGGGCCAUACCCAAUAGGCAGAUCAAUGAUGGGAUGGGUGGAGAUGGAGAUGAUAUGGAAGUGUUCAUGGAGGAGAUGAGAGAAAUCAGGAGAAAACUUAGGGAGCUGCAGUUGAGGAAUUGUCUGCGUGUUCUUAUGGGGGAGCUCUCCAAUCACCAUGACCAUCAUGAUGAAUUUUGCCUUAUGCCCUGACUUCUAUUUUCCGUGAGAUUGAUACUGUGAUUCCUGCUAUUUUCAUUGCAUUUUCCUAAUAUGCCUUUAUUGAUCCAUUUGCUGUGAACCUUUUGUUAUUUCCAUGUGUCAGGUGGGUCUUAUAUGGCCAGCUUUGAAUUGGAGAUUGCUUUACAUGCAUCUAAAUUUCUGUCAGCAGUAAAAUUUUAUAUAUUUGCAUGAAAAAAUGUGAAGUUAAUAAAGCACUUAAUAAGCAAUGUA